AUAACAUUGCUAGGUUUUGGUGUGUAAAAUUCUUGCAUCUAAAUUGAAAUAGAUAAUAUUAAUUAUGUUCACUCUACACAACCAACUGGAGUUACGACGAGUAACAAUAUCUAGUCUAAUAACAUGCAUAUACUUACCCAGCAUAGUUUCAGUGAUCUCAUACAAGGGUUUACUUUACUCCGUGGGGAACGGAUCUUCAUUCUACAUUUUGGUUCUUAUUUUCGUCGCGGAACUGCUUAAAUCAUUCUACCUGAACUCGACAAAUGAUAUCUUAGCGAAGAAAGCUAAAGUGAGCAAGAAUAGAGCGGGCGAUAUGUUGAAAGGAUUUGGAUUCCUUUUAGGGGUUAUGUUCUGUUUUUUUAUUGGAAUAAUCCUAUUCGGAGCUCCGGUGUUGGAUUGUCAUGAAGAGACGCUGAUGUUGUCGAGUUUGCUGACGCUUUUGACUGUGUUUCCAUUGGUCGCGCAUACUGGAGUGGAGACAUCAAUGCAGUUGUUGUUUGGAGUGAAGAGCUUUGCGAGAGACAGUGUGUUGGAGAUGUUGGUGAACAACGCGCUGCUGACGGUGUGCGGGGCGUGGCUGGGCGCGGUGGUGAUCCCGCUGGACUGGAACACGCCGUGGCAGGUGUGGCCUAUCCCCUGCUACCUUGGGGCCAUCGGUGGCUACCUGCUCUCUAAUGUUCUCAAUGUGUUGAAAGUUGCGUUACUAAGUGCAGCGCAAAAAUACCCUGGGUUGAAUUUCCUUGUAAAUAUUUUAAACAAAGUUCAUUUGAAGUAAGGUUCUGUUUGUUUUUUAUAUUUGGGAUAAGACAUGAUGGCUGACUAAAAUGUGUAUUAUUUUAUAAAACAGUAUUACAGACAUAGCAUUUAACAAGUUAAUUCUUGAAUUGUUGGCUGACCUACACCAAAAAAGUGUGAUUUUUUUGUAAGUGUUUACAUGACAUAGUGGAAAUUUAAAAAUUCAUUCCUUUUAACUUCACAAUUGGAUUGGCUGGUUAUGAUAUAAAUUCUGAUGAGAACUGAGUUUCAAUAUUUAAGAAAAUGCCUAGGUAAUGGCAAAGAAUAGAGUGGUAUAAAUGCAAUUUUUCAUUAAUUAAAAAUUAAAAUAUCAUAAUUUGUUCACUUGUCAACAGUUGCUUUAACUUGCUGUCACCUGCUCAUGGCCAACAAAUAUAAGUUGUAAAGGGAUGAGGAAACUGUAGGAAAUACUACUUAAUUAACCGACUUCAAAAAAGGAGGAGGUUCUCAAUUCAACUGAUUUUUUUUUUAUAUAAAUAUUUAAAGGCAAGUUGCUUUAAUUCCAGUGAUAUUUCUUAUUGAUGAGACUUGAAUGUAAAAAGCUAACUUGUUUCUGUAAAAUGAUAACUUUUGGAUAGUUUCCUCAACCACUGUCAGAUAUGGAGUAGCCAAGGUGUCAAGAGCUAUUAAGGCAUUAAGGUGCCUAUUUGCAAUGUGAUUUUACUAGGUACACCUUCUAUCUCAUGGUGACUAUGGUGUUGUGACAUACAGGACUAAUUCCGUAAUUAUUUAUAUUAUGUACAGUACCGAAGUGAGGACUGAGGAGUUACACCUCACAAAAGUUUCAUGUUUUGAACUCUUCAUCAUUUUAACAUGUUUUUCCGUUGUCAUCUUGUUACUGUGACUAAGGGCCAGUUGCAUCAACCACUUUUGACAGACACAUCAUUGUCACACAGCAGACCUCAAUGGAGCUUCCAAUACAAUAAAAUUUACCGAUCGCUUUAAAGGUGACAGACAGUUUGAUGCAACCGGCCCUUAAUAUGUGUAUGACUCCUAAAUAUGCGUGACUCAUAAAGAGAAGAACUGCGGGGCACUUCUGGAUGAGAUUGGCCCAGGAUCGGGAUAAGUGGUGUACACGAAGGGAGGCCUAUGCUCAGCAGUGGGCGAUUAAUGGCCGAAAUGAUGAUGAUGAUAAAGAAAACUUCCUGUAUUAGUAAAUUAUUAAUUUUAUUUAUGUAUUCUGUUAAAUAUUUACAUAGCCUAUAUAAUAGUCUACAUUAUAUUAAUAAAAUAUGAAACUUAA